GCUGGCAGAUAUCGCCUUUUGAUCCUUGACGGCCAUAGCAACCAUGCAACUGCAAGUUUGAUCAUUUCUGCACUGCAAGAUUAUUCCUCUAUACAUGCCUCCUCAUUCAUCUCAUCUACUUCAGCCACUGGAUAUAAGUUGUUUUGCGCCGCUCAAGCAUGAUUAUGGCCAGAAAAUCAGGGAGAUGGCACAAAAAGACAUUCAUGCCAUUGAUAAGAUGGGCUUCCUAUCUAUCUAUACCAGCAUCCAUGGCCGCGCAUUCUCAAAACACAAUGGUGCUGAGGGAACGCAAAGAUUGAGAAAAAGAUACAGAUCAUCUCAUAAUUACUGAGAAAUUGAAUACUUAUAUAACAAACACAAUUUCUCACGUUUUUAUUUAGUGCUAAGCGG